AUGUGGUCUGUGGCCUGGGCAGGUUUGAUGGUUCUGCUGACGAUCCAGUGCGGCUCUGCUGCAAAACUGGUCUGCUACUUCACUAACUGGGCCCAGUAGGGGGGCGCUGCUUGCUUCUUGCCCAAGGACUUGGACCCCAAUCUGUGCACCCACCUCAUCUAUGCCUUUGCCGGCAUGAACAAUCACCAGCUCAGCUCCAUAGAAUGGAAUGAUGAGUCACUCUACAAGGAAUUCAGUGGCUUGAAGAAGAUGAAUCACAAGCUGAAGACACUGCUGGCCAUUGGGGGCUGGAAGUUUGGCACCCAGAAGUUCACAGAUAUGGUGGCUACAGCCAACAACCGGCAGACCUUUGUCAACUUAGCCAUCAGGUUUCUGCGCAAAUACGGCUUUGAUGGCCUUGACCUUGACUGGGAGUACCUAGGAAGCUGGGGGAGCCCUGCUUCAGAUAAGCAGCACUUCACAGCCCUGGUGCAGGACCUGGCCAACACCUUUCAGCAGGGAGCCCAGACCUCAGGGAAGGCACGCCUCCUGCUGAGCACAGUGGUCCCAGCAAGAUGACACUGCAUAGAAGCUGGACGCGAGGUGGACAGAACUGCCAGGAACCUGGAUUUCCUCAGCCUUAUGGCCUAUGAUUUCCAUGGCUCUUGGGAGAAGACCACAGGGCACAACAGCCCCCUGCACAAGAGACAGGGAGAGAGCGGGGCCAUGGCCAGAUUCAACGUGGACUCUGCUGUGCAACAGUGGCUGCAGAAAGGGACCCCCGCCAACAAGCUGAUCCUCGGCGUGCCCACCUAUGGACGGUCCUUCACCCUGGCCUCUUCGUUGGACACGGGAGUGGGGGCCCAAGCCACGGGACCUGGAACUCCUGGCCCCUUCACCAAAAAGGGAGGACUGCUGGCUUAUUAUGAAGUCUGCUGCUGAAAGGGGGCUGCUGAGCACAGAAUCAGGAACCAGAAGGUGCCCUAUGACUUUCAGAGCAACCAGUGGGUGGAUUUCGAUGACAUGGAGAGCUUCAAAACCAAGGUCAGCUAUCUGAAGCAGAAUGGACUGGGCGGGGCCAUGGUUUGGACCCUGGACAUGGACAACUUUGCUGGUUUCUUCUGUAACCAGGGCCGAGACCCCCUCAUCAAGAUGCUGUGGUUGGAGCUGAGUCUUCCAUAUAUGCCUUUAGGUCCACCAGAGCCUGAAGUUCCUGCAUGAGGCCAGCCCUCUGAAUCUGAGCAUGGCUCCAGCCUUGGACAAGACAGCUUCUGCCAAGGCAAAGCUGAUGGGCUCUACGCCAACCCUGUGGACCAGUCCAGCUACUACAAUUGUACAGGGGGGUGGUUGUCCCAGCAAAGCUGCCCAAGGAGCCUGGUGUUCAGCUUUUCUUGCAAAUGCUGCACCUGGAGUUGA